UUGAGAUUACGAGUGAUAUAACUAAAAAAAAGUCUUAUAAAUAUAUUAUAUAAAGAAUGUAUAUACAUACAUAUCAGAACAAAAAAUCCACGGUACAGCUAUAAUUUCAAGUGACAAUAACGGUUGUAUAUAGUUGAGCAGGUGGAGAGGUGUCAAAUGAUAAUAAAUACUGAUAUGUUGUUUAAAGUUCCCGCCGCCGUGGCGUUAGAAUUUCCGGCGGAACAGCAUUGUCGCAGAUGAUCACGUGAUCGAAGAUCGACUUCUUCGUUUGUGGCCACGAGGUUUUGUGGUGAAAAUUAAGUGUACCGGGUGGAAAAGGCCCUUUAUUUUUGUAUUUAUACAAAAAUGCCCUCCAGCAACCCUUUGCCACCCAAAGAAAAUGCUUUGUUUAAACGAAUUCUGAAAUGUUAUGAACAUAAACAGUACAAAAAUGGGCUAAAGUUCGCAAAGCAAAUCCUUUCAAACCCAAAGUACAGUGAACAUGGGGAGACUUUGGCGAUGAAAGGUCUUACUCUAAAUUGCCUAGGACGCAAGGAAGAGGCUUAUGAUCAUGUACGACGUGGGCUCCGAAAUGAUUUACAAUCUCAUGUCUGUUGGCAUGUUUAUGGGUUACUUCAACGGUCUGACAAAAAAUAUGAUGAAGCUAUCAAAUGCUAUCGGAAUGCACUCAAGUGGGACAAAGACAACAUUCAGAUACUUAGAGAUUUAUCAUUAUUACAAAUUCAGAUGAGAGACUUGGAUGGUUAUAAGGACACGAGAUACCAAUUAUUUAUGCUACGGCCAGCCCAACGGGCUUCAUGGAUUGGUUUUGCCAUAUCGUAUCAUUUACUGAGAGACUAUGAAAUGGCCCUUAAAAUUCUAGAUACGUUUCGUAAUUCUCCAAUGAUAUGCUAUGAUUAUGAACAUAGUGAAUUACUCCUAUAUCAAAAUAUGGUCAUCCAAGAAUCGGGAGAAAGCGAACAAGCUCUUAAGCAUCUUGAUAAAUACAGCGAUCAAAUCUGUGACAAAAUUACCGUAAAAGAAACAUACGGUAAACUGAGACUUGAAUUGGGUCAGUAUAGCGAGGCUGUUGAAGUCUACACAGACUUAUUAAACUUGAAUCCUGAAAAUACAACGUACUACGCUAGGUUGGCAGAAGCCGAGAGACAUGCUGGACCGGAGGAUACACUUCGUAUGCUACAGCGAUACGAGGAACUGUUUCCUCGAGCAUUGGCACCCCGUCGUUUACAAUUGAACUAUGCAACUGGUGAUCAGUUCAAGUCGUUAGUUGACCAAUAUUUGCGAAAAGGCCUUCAUAAAGGUGUGCCGCCAUUAUUUGUUAAUCUUCGAUCGUUAUAUACGGAUCAACAGAAGGUAGAUACAAUACAGUCAUUGCUUCUCGAAUAUAAGGAUGCAUUGAAAGUCCAUGGUCACUUUAGUGACCAAGAAAAAAAGAAUCCGCGGGAACCCGCAUCAGCUCUUCUGUGGACUUAUUACUACCUGGCCCAGCAUUAUGACUACCUUGGCUGUACCGAAAGAGCUCUUAAAGAAAUUAAUGCUGCCAUUGACCAUACUCCUACACUUAUAGAACUCUUUGUUACCAAAGGACGAAUUUACAAGCAUGCUGGUGACGUUCAGGAAGCAUAUAAAUGGCUGGACGAUGCACAAGGAUUGGAUACAGCUGAUCGGUACAUUAAUUCUAAGUGUGCCAAGUAUAUGCUUCGUGCAAACCUCAUUAAGGAAGCAGAAGAAACAUGUGGAAAGUUUACCAGAGAAGGAGUUCUUGCGAUGGAAAACCUCAAUGAAAUGCAGUGUAUGUGGAUUCAAACGGAAGCAGCUAGAGCGUAUCAGCGUCUUGGAAAAUACGGGGAAGCUUUAAAGAAGUGUCACGAAGUUGAUAGGCACUUCUCGGAAAUCAUGGAGGAUCAAUUCGAUUUCCAUACGUAUUGUAUGCGAAAGAUGACUCUACGUUCGUACGUAGGACUUCUACGGUUAGAAGAUGUACUUCGUUCGCAUCCUUUUUACUUCAAGGCGGCAAAAUGUGCAAUAGAGGUCUACCUCAGAUUACACGAUCAUCCAUUACCAGAUCCGACCCAAGCCCAAGAAAUCGACACCGAGAACUUGGCACCGUCGGAGUUGAAGAAGCUGAGAAACAAACAAAGAAAGCAGCGCAGGAAGGCAGAGCUUGAAAGGCAGCAGGCUGCCCAGGCCCAAGAGAAGAGGGAACAGCAUAAUAAAUCUCGACAACAGACUGAUCCCGACCUAGAGCAACCUACACUGGAUGAACUUAUCCCAGAGAAAUUAGAACGGGCGGAAGACCCCUUGGAACAAGCGAUUAAAUUCUUGCAACCGCUGCAGCAGCUUGCAUCGAAUAGAAUAGAAACGCAUCUCAUGGCUUUCGAGAUAUAUUUUCGUAAAGGUCGGACACUCUUGAUGCUUCAAUCGAUUAAACGUGCUCAUCAAUUGGACGCGAACAAUCCCGAUCUUCAUGCAUGCUUGGUACGCUUUCUACAGCAUACUGGAGCUUCGCAGCUGGAGGGCGCUGUCGCGGAAGUUGUGAAACGUCAAACGAGCGGAAUAUUCUCAAAUUCGGACGCAGUCCAACUAAACGCCAAUUACUUAAAGAUGAAUAACAAGUCACUGCCGCAUCUACUCCAAGGUGCUCGAAUGCUCUAUCUCCUGGAUCCGAGCGCUCAAGCGAAAGCUCUUUCAUUGAUUACGAAUAUCGACGGCUCAGAAGGAGUCAAUCUGGAGAACUGCACGAGGGUGCUGGAAGCUCUGCGCAACGGUGACCUUGGUCAGUGCGAUUCAUCGAUAUCCAGCUACACCGCGAAAUGUGAAAAACAUUUUCCUUACGCGACUGCAUUUCGUCCACCUGAGCCGAAGUCCAUCGUAAAUCAUCAGGACAAGGAAAAUUCGAUUAAGAAUUGAUCCUGGCAUACAUUAUCCUGCGUCACCGAUCUGCGAUCUGUAGUUAGGGAGUGAAGCGUUUGAUCUACGUUAAAAACACGUAAAGUACGACUAGAAUUUAUACAAAUUGGCGGAUAAUUAACAGAUGUAAGCAUGUACUAUACAUAAACUGUUCCUGGUGAGUUUCAUGCAGUGAGCAGUGCUGGGACAGUGCUGGAUAAACAAUCUUAACAAAUUAAUAUGACAAACACGAGCCGUGUUCCGGCGCGGUCAAGAGUUAAAAAAAAGGACAGCAUAGCUAAGAUUAAAUAAUUAUUGAAACGGAUAAAGCGCUCCUCGAAUCUCGAGGGUCUACAAUACUAGAGGAAGGCCAAGAGUGUGGAAUGUUUAGUGUACAUGGUGCAGUGUGUAAAAUAAGGCGUGCGAGACUAACAUUGGUACAAAAAGACAAGACUUGAAUACUUCAUACACAUGCUUUGCGAAUAUUUGUACUUGAUAUUAAAAUGUAAUAUCUCCAGCGAUGCCUAAAUGCCACUCUACUGUGUAGAGUCACAACACACUCAACGGAAGUCAAGCACCAAAAUUGUACCCCUUGCGCGUCCAUCACGCUUUCUCCUUCGGUGACUUCGUUUUACAUCGCGUACUACUAUCCGGUUUUUUUAACCAUAAGCCGUUGAUCAAGACAGACGUGUAAUUGGGUUUUUAAAGUAUACACAUAAAACACACACAAUACAAUAUAGACGCUUGUACACUCACACACACACACACACACCAACAAAGUCAUAUAUUUACAGACGAGAAGGAAAGAACGAAAGAAUGACAGAAAGAAGAAUGUAGAAAGGCAAUAGAUAGAGGGUGAUAGAAAAAUCCACUCUUCAUGUCCGUGUUUUCAUUAUCUAGUGACGACAUAGAAAUUUGAUCACUCGAUACUCCUUUAAUAUUCUCUGCGAAUGAUACGUAUCGGCGGUGAAGAAAUGACAGGGGCUCUCGCCAACCACUGCAUGCGGUAAUCAUUGCGAAAAUGAGAAUUUGCGUACAUCAUACGCACACUACCAUAUCUGUGAACCAAAUUGAUAGAUUCGAACAUCUGUACGUGAGAAUAAAAAUUACAGAAACCUUGAAAUGAAUUAACUGCAAGACUCUCAACGUAAAUGUACAAUUAUUUUGCGAAUUUGUAGGUUCCUGUAAUAAUAUAAAUAUUCAAAGAACACAUCCUUGUUCAAGACUCACAGGUCUCUCAAUACGUUCUUCGUCGCUUCAAUGAUCGGUUUAAAUUCGUUGUAUAUUUACAAUCAAGGAAAACCAUCCCGUUUGUAAUUAAAAUGAAAUAUCUGCUGUACGAGCGAACCAAGCGAUUAAUAUUGUACAGCGAUACAAGUACAAGCUAUCUGUACGUAUAUAGUGGUUUUUAUUAAUAUGUUCCUACAAAAUAACUUCCCUUUGGAAACAAAAACGCGAUUUUUCGUAAACCCAAUCAUCGUCAUGUGCGCUAAUGGUCCGUCACAAAGUAAUGUUAUUACAACGUAAUAAUUAUCGGAAUAUUAAAUUAAAACGAUAAGCUACUGCAAGACGUUUACAAUGCUUCCCCUGCCCAACAAUUUGAGAUAGCGAUUAAAGGCUUAUCUUCAACUUUCGACUUACA